AUGGCGGAGCUGACACCACUGGCCGAGGAGCUGUCGUGCUCCAUCUGCCUGGAACCCUUCAAGGUACCAGUGACCACGCCGUGCGGCCACAACUUCUGCUCUCUGUGCCUGGACGAGACAUGGGCCGUCCAGGGUGCACCGUAUGGGUGCCCACAGUGCCGAGCAGUCUACCAGACGCGGCCGCAACUGAACAAGAACACAGUGCUGUGUGCCGUGGUGGAACAGUUCCUGAGCAUCGAGCUAGCCCGGGAGGUAGCCCCCGACGACUGGACGCCGCCCACCCGCCCUGAGGCUUCUAGCCUGACCGGUCAGGUGGCCUGCGACCACUGCCUGAAGGCGGCCGCCACCAAGACAUGCCUCGUGUGCAUGGCCUCUUUCUGCCAGGAGCACCUGCGGCCUCACUUCGACAGCCCCGUUUUCCGGGACCACUCAUUGCAGCCACCCAUCCGCGACCUGAUGCGUCGCAAGUGUUCCCAGCACAACCGGCUUCGAGAGUUCUUCUGUCCGGAGCACGGGGAGUGCAUCUGCCACAUCUGCGUGGUGGAUCACAAGGCCUGCUCGCCGGCCCCGCUGAACCAGGCCAGCACCGAGAUGGAGACCAAGCUGAGGCAGAAACUGGCUAUCAUGUUCGGUCAGAUCAACGGAGCAUCAAAAGCGCUGGAGGAUGUGAGAGCCAGACAGCAUGACAUGCGGGAGAUAGUGAACAGGAAGAUUGAUGUGAUCCGACAAGAAUACAUGGAGGUGAAAGCUUUCAUUGAUGCCACAGAGGCCAAUUCUAUACGGAAGAUAAAGGAAGAGGAGAAGAGGGUCAGCAAUAAGUUUGACAACAUUUUCCAGAUCCUCCUCAAGAAGAAGAAUGAGAUCCAGACACUGAAGGAGGAGAUCGAAGCUGCCCUGACUAAAGGAGACGAGUUUGAGUUUCUGGAGAGAGCCUCAAAAGUUCAAGGGAUCUCAACGAAGCCAGUCUACGUACCCAAGGUUGAGCUGAACCACGAGCUGAUGAAGAGUGUCUAUCAGGACACCGUAGACCUAAAAACUGAACUGAAGCAGCACGUCAGGCAGUCCCAGGAGAAGAAGCCUGAGGACUUCUCUAGUACAGGUGACCCUGGAGAGCAUGCCCCAAACGUCAAGCCUAAGAUGAAGAAGGCUCCAAUGGCUGCCUUUGCCUCGCCAAAGCCAAACAAGACUCCUGCCGUCAAACCACCAGAACCAGCUGGUCAAGAGGCCAAAGCUGCUGUCCCACAAGUGAAUGCAAUUUUCAAGGCCAAGGCACUGGAGGUCUUCUUAACCAAGUCCAGAUCGGAGCUUCUAGAGUAUGCUGCUAAAGUCAUUCUGGACUUCAACAGUGCCCACAAUAAGGUGAUUCUGUCAGAGAACUACACCACAGCUUCCGUGGCUGAGACCCCGAAUAGCUACCGGCCACAUCCUCAGAGGUUCACAUACUGCUCGCAGGUGCUGGGCCUAAACUGCUACAAGAGAGGAGUCCACUACUGGGAGGUGGAGCUACAGAAGAACAACUUUUGCGGGGUGGGCAUCUGUUAUGGCACCAUGGAUCGGCAGGGCCCCGAGAGCCGGCUUGGCCGUAACAGCACUUCUUGGUGUGUGGAGUGGUUCAACACCAAGAUCUCGGCCUGGCAUAACAAUGUGGAGAAAACCCUGCCUACCACCAAGGCCACGAAGAUUGGCAUCCUUCUCAACUGUGACUUUGGCUUUGUUAUCUUCUUCGCUGUCUCCGACAAGAUCCACCUGCUAUACAAGUAUAAGGUGGACUUUACUGAAGCUCUGUAUCCAGCCUUCUGGCUGUUCUCUGUGGGGGCCACACUCUCCAUCUGCCCCCUCGAGUAG